AUGCUCUACUCUCUCUCUCGCCUCGUCUCCGUCGGCGACUGCGCCUUCCACUGCUGCACCGCCCUCACCUCCGUCGCCCUUCCCGUCGGCGUCGUCUCCAUCGGCGAGGAGGCCUUCUGCAGCUGCUCCUCCCUCGCCUCCGUCACCCUCCCCGCCAGCGUCACCUCCAUCGGCAGGGGCGCCUUCCGCAGCUGCCGCUGCUCCCUCACCUCCAUCCACCUCCCCGCCGGCGUCACCUCCAUCGGCAGCUACGCCUUCCGCGAGUGCACCGCCCUCACCUCCAUCCACCUCCCCGCCAGCCUCGUCUCCAUCGGCGAGCAAUCCUUCCGUCGCUGCUCCUCCCUCGUCUCCGUCGCCCUCCCUGCCGCCCUCGUCUCCGUCGGCCGCGGCGCCUUCGAGGGGUGCUCCGCCCUCACCUCCAUCACGCCGCUGCCCGAUGGCGUCUCGAUUGGCGACCAUGCUUUCUUUGACUGCCCCCUCAACGACGAGGCGGUGGCAGUAGUACGGGCCAUCAACUGUUGGGCGGUGUGA